AAAGUUUUACGAAAAAUUUAUUAAUUAGUUUUAGUAAAAUUAUUUUUAUGUAGUUUUAAUUAUUUUAUUUAUUUAUUGCUUAUUAAGUGCAGUAUAAAAAAAAUUAUUAAAUUAAGAAUUGAGACAUUUAAAUGACACCCAUACUAGCAAUAGUCAAAAGUUUGCCUUCAUAAUAGUUAAGCGUGUUCAAAAUUCAUCGAAUGUGUGAAUAAUCUAGACAAAAGCUUCAGAUUCAAUAAUAAUUAAAGUGAACAAUUAUUAAUAUAACAAGACAUGAAUUGUUUCAGCAAUCAUUUCAUCAGUAAUGAAAGUCGGAAACGGCCCAGAACAUGUGAAGAAGAAGAAUGCGAUUUUAUGCCAAUUUCAAAAAGAAUGAAUGAUCUGCAUAUUAGAUCCAAUCAUGUAUCAAAUCAGGCUUUGGUGAAUGAGGUAUCCAGCACUAUGCAGUGUGUUUGUAAUUCAUCCUUAUUGUCUCAUCAGAAUGGAAUCAGCAAUAACACAGCUAUAGCAAUGAAUUGCAUUUAUUCACCAGAACUUAAUUCAUCUCAGAAUCCUUACUAUUAUCAUAUUAACAGUGUACUCUUUGAAGCUCAUUUAUUAAGAUUGCAACGGUUAUCUAAACACCAGAUAGAUGUUCCAAAUAAUUAUAUAAAAGAUAAUUGAAAUAGAAUAAUUUAUUGAUAGAAUUGUAUAUCAUGCAACUUUGGAUUUUCUAACAUAUCAUUUAGUAAGAAAAAGGUUGAUAAAGGAAAGUUUAAUCAUCAAUCACCAUGAAAAAGAAAUAAUAUAUUAUAAAAUAAAAAGGAGAAAAUUUUAUUAACUUACUAAAAUGAUAUGUUAGAAUAAUUCUUAAUUGCUGUUUAUAUGUAAUAAAUUUAUAAAUGAAAAUAUUUUUUUCAUUUAUUUAUAAACUAUUUACUUUAUAUUUUAUACAGAAUUUAUGUAAAAAUCUUUCUGCAGAAAAACCUUUGACUUACUUUUAUGCCUAUAUCAGUUGAAUUUGUAUAUAUAAAUAUGUAUAUAAUGUAUAUAAAUUUGUAUAUACAAAUAAUACAAAUUUUUGAAUAAAUUU